GACCAAGGAGAGCAGCUGCGGACACGGCGUGAAGAUAGGGUGGGGCCUGGGUCACUAUAUUCUUUGGAGUUGGCCCGCAGCGUAUUCGCAGCGCACCGCUUGGGCCUGGGGAUGCUAGUUAGGGGCUUGCCUUUGGUUUCUUUACUGGCAAGACGUGGCCAAGUGAGCAGAGAGGCAUAGCUGACAACUGCCAGACACAGCGCAACCGAACAACAAUGCUAGUGGAAGUAGGAAGAUACGCCAUCGAUCGACCAAACAGCGCAGCCACCGCACUUUUAAAAAAUGUCACCAAGACUACUCGAGUGAGUGGCAUUCAGCCGGCAUCUGCUGAGGUCAAGUGCCUCAUUGGAAAGUGGACGGAAAAAUGACCCACGACAGCGAGCGCGACAAAGGAGAGACAGCAGCCGGUAGCUGCGACGAGGUGCCAGGGGCAGAAAAAUUGCUCAGAGUAAGAGCUGCAGAGCCGCAGUCCUCCUCGGCAGUCAAGAAGGCCCCACUUCCUCGAUCUUCGAGUAGUGCAUCAACAAGAGGAGACAACAAGGCGCCGAAGGAGGCUCGCAUCGCGCUACAACCAACAACGACCAUCGGCCAAGCGUGGAAGUCUCCCCAUAGAAAUCGCACGCGAGAGCCUAAAGAGGUAGUAGGAGAACAAAAACCUGGCGCCACGAAGAAGGUCGGCUCGGUUGGCCAGUCUUUCCUUAUUUCACGGAAUUUAGCCGGCCCACCGAAGCGAGUGCAAGAGAGUCGCCCCACGGUCUGCGUAGCAGUAUAGCGGAGAGCGUUAGGCACAACACCACAUCAGAAGACCAGGAAGUGACCCACGAAGAGAAGGGCACGCUAUCCGCCUUUCUUUGCCAUUUCUGAGAUCGAGCGCAUCGAAUCUACAAGAAGACAGAUUGCGGACGCACUUCAAGACGUCCCCGCAGGAGUAAAAGGGGUGCACAUAAACGGCGCGUGGCGCGAUUCUGCGUCAUCGUCUUCGACUUCUAGAUGGCAAAGAGUCGACAGCUCUGCGAAGCCGUCUAGAAUAGCAACGGCCAAGACGCUCACUUCUGUGCUGUGGAGAAGAUCAAGCAUCUCUGAGCCCGACCCUGCCUCUCGUGUCAUUUGUGAACUUCCCGGGGGCUUCUUCCUCAUCGAAGAGUAGAAAAGGUGGCGGAGUUAGGUCUUUGCGGAUAAUGAACUCGAAGGGGGGUGAAAAACUCAAGACAAAACUCCACGCGAGUCGAAGAGUCAGCGCAGUUCUUUAUUAGUGUAAGGCGUUCGACUUGGUGG